AUGAAGUUCUCGUCUGUCUUGUCUGCUGCCGGCACCUUGGCUGUCGCCUCGGCCGCCUCCUCCAACAGCUGUUCCUUCUCCAAAACAACUAUCACCGCAGCCACUGCCGUGUCCCAGUUGAACUCGUGUCCUACCUUGGACGGAGACAUCCAGAUCUCGGGCGACCAGAUCGGUGCCAUCGACUUCAGCUCCGUCAAGGAAAUCGCCGGGGACGUCAAGUUGUUCAACUCGUCCUCGGUCACCGAGAUCAACCUCAACCAGUUGAAGAAGAUCUCAGGAUCCUUGAGCAUCGACGCCUACACCCAGUUACACGCCAUCGACUUCACCUCUUUGACGGAGGCCCAGAAGUUGUCGUUGGUGUCGUUGCCCUCGCUCGCAUUGUUGAACUUGAACUCGGGUAUCUCCAAGGCUGGCACCAUCGAAGUCUCCGACACUGCCUUGAGCUCGUUGAGAGGCUUGACCAACUUCAACACCGUGGGAGUGUUGAACGUCAACAACAACAAAAACAUCUCUUCCAUCGACCUUGCUGGCUUGGACACCGUCUCAGAAAACUUGAUCUUGAGUUUCAACAGCGACCACUGUGAAAUCAAGUUGGACGACUUGGCCUGGGCUUCCAACUUGACCAUCCAGGAUGUGUCCGAGUUGUCGGCCUCCAACUUGACCUCAGUCAACGGUUCAUUGCAAUUAGCCUACAACAACUUCAACUCGGUCGACUUGAGCUCCUUGAAGCAAGUUGGCGGUUCCGUGUUGAUCUUUGCCAACGACGAGUUGACCGACGUCGACUUGGGCUCGUUGAAGGAAAUCGGCGGUGAGUUGAGAUUGAUGAACAACACCGACUUGGAAGACUUGGGCAACACCUUCAAGAAAUUGGAAGAAGUCAAGGGUGCCGUCAACAUCAGAGGCGCAAUUGCAAACUUCACCUUGCCAAGCUUGGACAAGGUUGACGGUGACUUCUCCUUCAGCUCUACCUCCGACGAAUUCGACUGUUCUGACUUGAAGAAGCAACGUUCCAAGGGUGACAUCGAAGGUCACAACUUCAACUGUUCUGCCCCAACCAAGUCCAAGUCCAGCUCUUCUAGCGGAAGCAAGUCAUCCACCAAGGGAGGUAGCAGCUCUACCGACUCAUCUUCCUCUGGUUCCAGCUCCUCCGACUCCAAGAAGUCCAACGGCGCAUCCACUCUCUACACCAGCAUGAUGGUUGUUUCGUGUGGUGUCGCCGCUGCCUUGGCCAUCAUCAUCUAG